AUGGAGCCUAAGGGCAGAGACCUGCCUGACAGCAUCCAGGUGCUGACAAUCCAUGCAAAACGCGGGGAGGAAGCACCAAGAAUUCAUACAGGAGAGAAACCUUACAAAUGUCAUGAAUGUGGGAAAGCCUUCAGUCACCGCUCAGCCCUCAUUCGGCAUCAUAUAAUCCAUACUGGGGAGAAACCCUAUGAAUGCAAUGAAUGUGGGAAGGCCUUUAAUCAGAGCUCAUACCUCACUCAACAUCAGCGAAUUCACACUGGAGAGAAACCUUAUGAGUGUAAUGAAUGUGGGAAGGCCUUCAGCCAAAGCACAUUCCUUACCCAGCAUCAGGUCAUUCACACUGGAGAGAAACCCUAUAAGUGUAAUGAAUGUGGGAAAGCCUUUAGUGAUCGCUCAGGCCUUAUUCAGCACCAGAGAACUCAUACUGGGGAGAGGCCUUAUGAGUGUAAUGAAUGUGGGAAAGCUUUUGGAUACUCCCUUAUUCGUCAUCAGAGGACACACACUGGAGAGAAACCUUACAAGUGUAAGGAUUGUGGAAAAGCUUUUAGCCAGAGCUCAUCUCUUACAAAGCAUCAGAAAACUCACACUGGAGAAAAACCCUAUAAGUGUAAGGAAUGUGGAAAAGCCUUCAGCCAGAGUUCAUCCCUUUCUCAACAUCAGAAAAUUCAUUCUGGAGGGAAAACUGAAGAAUAUGGAAAAGCCUUUAGUGGGCAUUCAGCCUUUGGCCAGCAGAAGAGAAUUCAUACUGGAUAA